AUGAUGGGGAAGCUGAGGAUCUUGGUCGCAGUUGUCAUGUUCCUAGAGAUGGUGUCUACUACCUCUCUGGGGGUGGUCUACACUGAGAGCGGCAGAGUGCAGGGCAAGAGCAUCCGUCUUGGGUCCCGUCGUCACAUGGAUGUCUUCAAGGGGAUUCCCUUUGCUGACGUCCCUGAAAUGUUUGAGAAACCCCAGCCUCACCCCGGCUGGGAAGAUGUUUUGAUGGCCACUGAAGAUAAGGAGAUGUGCCUUCAGUUGAACCUACUCAUGACUGACACCAGAGGAAGUGAGGACUGUCUCUACCUUAACAUCUGGGUUCCUCAUGGACGAUCAGUCUCGACCAAUUUACCAGUCAUGGUCUGGAUCUAUGGAGGUGCCUUCCUGAUUGGAGACUCAAUGGGUUUUAACAUCUUGGGCAACAAUCUGUACAGUGGGCAGGAGAUUGCAGAUAAAGGAAACGUCAUAGUGGUGACACUGGGAUACCGUGUGGGAACUCUGGGCUUCCUCAGCACCGGAGACUCAAGUUUACCUGGAAACUACGGUCUGUGGGAUCAGCAGGCCGCCAUCGCCUGGGUCCACAGAAACAUCCGCUCCUUUGGAGGAGACCCAGACAACAUUACUAUCUUUGGAGAGUCUGCAGGUGGCGCUAGUGUCAGCUUUCAGACCCUUACACCCCACAACAAGGGUCUCAUCAAGAGAGCAAUCUCCCAGAGUGGUGUCGCUUUUUGCCCCUGGGCCAUCGAGAGGAACCCCCGUAAGACUGCAGAGGAGAUUGCUGUGAGAGUCAACUGCCCUAUCGAUGACAGGAUGGCAAACUGUUUGAAGAUGACAGAUCCUGCGGCCCUCACAAUGGCUGGGCCUAUCCAGGUGAUCAGCUCACCUGAUGCCCCCAUCGUCUACAACCUGGUCCUGACAGCUGUAAUUGAUGGGGAUUUCCUGCCCGAUGAGCCCUCCAACUUGUUCCACAACGCUGCUGAUAUCGACUACAUGGCUGGAGUCAAUGACAUGGAUGGGCAUUUAUUUGCUGCUAUGGAUCUCCCUUCAAUCAACUUGAACCUAGUGGACACCCCCAUUGAUGACAUGAAGACGUUGCUGGCUUCAUUCACUAAAGACAAGGGCGAGGCUGGUUUGGAAGAAGCGUACUCCACUUACACAUCAACUUGGGGAACCAAACCCAGCAGGAAGGACAUUAAGAAAACAAUUGUGGAUAUUGAAACUGAUUACAUCUUCCUAGUUGCUACACAGGCUGCUCUUUACCGUCACGCCGCCAAUGCCACCCGCGGUCGCACCUACUCCUAUCUCUUCUCGGAGCCCAGCCGUCUGGGCGGCAUGGGUCGGCCAUUCCCUAGCUGGAUGGGAGCGGACCACUUUGAUGACGUGCAGUACGUCUUCGGAUUGCCUUUUGCCACACCUCUGAUAUACUGGCCUCUCCACCGAAAACUCUCUGGCUACAUGAUCGCCUAUUGGACCAACUUUGCCAAAACUGGAGACCCCAAUAAAGGAGACUUGAGCGUGCCCGCUACCUGGCCCAGAUUCAACAAAACUGGACAACAAUAUCUGGAGAUCAAUGCUCAGAUGGAUCAAAGCUAUGUGAGACGGAAGAUGAGAAUGCGUUAUGUGCAUUUUUGGACUAGCAUCCUGCCAAGCCUCCCUGACGUCUCAGAAGAGAGCAUUUAAAGAGCAGCAUUUCAUUCCAUUCCAUUUAUAAUGCACCAUCACCCAAAAGCAUAUACUGCACUCAACAUAUAUUAUUAUUUAUUGUUCUAUAGUUGUCACAUUCGUGGUCGUCUUGCUCUGUUUGUUGUUUCUGUCCCUGCCUUCUCCUGGCCUGUUUUUCUCUUUCACAGUCAACCCUUGAGCGGGCUGGAGGCGGGAAGGCUGGGCACACCUGUGGCUGAUUGCUCACACUCCACUUAAGCUGACCGCUAGCAGCUGGGAGCUGCUGGUUCUUUGUUCUCACUCCUGCCGGCUACCCACACGUGAACACCCGCUCAGCGUUUGGAUACAGCUUCUAGUUUUUGUACUUAGCCAGGUCGGCCCAGCCGCUUCCCGGCUAUCUAGCUAGCUCCCUAGUUUAGUCAGACUUUUUCAUGGUGUUGUUCUUUAUUUCU